UUUUAUUAGAAAUGCAGGGUUAGUUAAGAGAAUAUAGUGGUAUAGAUAGGUCAUGAACGGCCUCACACGCCAGUACAGUAGGUGGCGGUGUAUGCACCUGUCAGUUGGUUGCGAUUCGCUAAUAAAACUUGAAGAAGAAAAAGUUGUUUUCCCGCAGUUCUGUUAACGACGGCGAAGGAGCGAAGGACGCUGUGUGCUAGCUUAGCCAUCAGUCCUAAGGAGGACGCCGAUACGCAAGCAAUGUUUAUUGACAUUUAUAAACAUUCAAACACAGUGUCGGGAUUGUAGUUGACAUGAGGCAGUCUUGGACGAAGCUAAUGUCUGAGAACUGUAGGGACAAGGCAGAAUGCCGCCUAGAGUUUGAGAGCUAGGUGAAGCUAGGGUAGCUGAGCCCAGUGAUAGAUGAACCAUGGUUGAUCCACUGGAGAACGGCUUGUUUGACAUUCCUGACAAUGACAACAUGGAUGAGACCUUCCCUCCUCUCCCUCCUCCCUUCUCACCAGGAGAGGGAGGAGAUCCCUUUACAGGGGAGGGCGACGGAGAGAUCUCCAAGUUGGCUGAAGUCCCUGCUGCCAAGAGGAGAGGCGUCAAGAGACCACAGCCUAAACUGGACUCUCAGAGGUAGGCUGACAUCAGAAAGAGGACUUCCGGCUCUUCGCACCCUGUUUGACAACGUUCAUUUCAAAGGCAAAGGACACGAGGCUGAGGACUUGCGGGUGCUGAUGCAGAGGAUGGAGAACUGGGCUCACAGGCUGUACCCCAAACUACAGUUUGAAGACUUCAUAGACAAACUGGAGACACUAGGCAGCAAGAAAGAAGUCCAGACCUGUCUCAAGCGAAUACGGUUGGACAUGCCGUUAAUACAUGAAGACUUCAUAGGCAACGAUGGUGACGACGACGCAGUGGCAUCGAGUGACGGACGUGUCGUCAACCAUGACGACCCAGACCCGUUUGGAGACGGGGGUUUCGCUGAAAACCCCCCAGGACCGGCCCCCUCCCAGUUCCUCUCCUCUCAGGCUGGUCCGGUCCACUCCACCCCAGCCCCCUCCCAGUUCCUCUCCUCUCAGGCUGGUCCGGUCCACUCCACCCCGGCCCCCUCCCAGUUCCUCUCCUCUCAGGCUGGUCCGGUCCACUCCACUCCAGCCCCCUCCCAGUUCCUCUCCUCUCAGGCUGGUCCGGUCCACUCCACCCCAGCCCCCUCCCUGACAGAGGAGCAGCAGAGACGUAUAGAACUGAACAAACAGCUAGCCUUAGAGAGGAGACUGGCCCGCGUGCAGCAACACACAGGUGGCUCCCAGGAGAUGACCUCCAGCCAGUCAGCAGACGGACCCUCUACCUCCCAGUCCCAGGAGAUGACCUCCAGCCAGUCAGCAGACGGACCCUCUACCUCCCAGUCCCAGGAGAUGACCUCCAGCCAGUCAGCAGACGGACCCUCUACCUCCCAGUCCCAGGAGAUGACCUCCAGCCAGUCAGCAGACGGACCCUCUAAAUCCCAGUCCCAGGAGAUGACCUCCAGCCAGUCAGCAGACAGACCCUCUACCUCCCAGUCCCAGGAGAUGACCUCCAGCCAGUCAGCAGACGGACCCUCUACCUCCCAGUCCCAGGAGAUGACCUCCAGCCAGUCAGCAGACGGACCCUCCACCAGCUCCGCCUCCUCCUCACACCCCUUCCCCAGCCAGCAGCAGCAGGACGGGGAGGAUGAAGACCCGGACCCAGAGGACCAGGGCCAGAGCAGGCCAGACCACCCCAGGGACAGAGCUCUAAACACGGCUUCCCCUGCUGAGGCUGACUCCCUCUCCCCUGACUCCCUGCUGUGUGAGGGAGCAGUAGCCAGCCAGCCCUGUUCCUGAGAUGAGCAAUGGCAGGAAGACAGCAGCGACAGGGAGACACACAGGACAGAAUCGCCAUGGCUCCCACUGUAAGCAUACACACUCACCCAGCACUAAGGGACGCUGUCUUCUAGGACUGCCAACCAAUCUGAGGAUGUUUUCUCUCUGUUCAAGGACAUUUUCAAUGCAUUUUAUACAAAUCUAAAAACGUGGUCAUGUGUUAUCGACCAUUUUUCCUCUUUAAUAAAUGUUGCCAUACGGGCCAAACA